AUGGAACGACUCGCGUCACUAGGCGCGUACCCGUCAGGGGAGGACGAGGAGUCCAUUGUGCGCAGUCCCUCCCUCUCGCGCCGCGACUCCAUUGCGUCGUUGUCACUGCCAGCGGGAGCCUUCCCGCAAUUCCCACCUGCCGGCGCACGUCGCGGNCUCUCGCGCCGCGACUCCAUUGCGUCGUUGUCACUGCCAGCGGGAGCCUUCCCGCAAUUCCCACCUGCCGGCGCACGUCGCGGGUCGCUCGCCACCACGCUGGCUGCCGUCUCCACCGCCACGUCGCCGUGCCUGCCUGAGCCCCUCCACGCAAUAUGGCUGCUGCAGCAGCAGCAGCAACAAAGCAGCGGCUGCCCGUACCACGCGGAGGGCGCAGAGGGCUGUGACAAUAUCAACGAUGAGGAUGAGGAGGUCCGCCGCUCCUGCAGCUGUUCGAGGUGGCUGUCGCGCUCAUCGUCAUUCAGUCUCGCCGCCGGCGGCAUGACGCCGCUGACGUGGCGCAUGUCGUCUUCAGCAACGACGCCGGUCGCCACCGACUCCCCGCAUCGUUGCGGCGCCGAGUCGCCGUGUGUGCCGCACAUGCCGGAGUGCAACACGAUGGAGGCCGUCCUCAUGGAGCGGCGCGCCAAGGUGCUGGCGGAGUGUAUCACCCUGCAGGGCGCCACGUCGCUCGACAGGCUGCUGGCCGAGUCGUGCAACAACAACACCAAUAAUGCCCACGGAGCCAGCGGCAAUUACUACAGGCGUGGUGGGGGUUGUGACGAUGAUGAUGUGAGAGACGCGUCACCGCCCAUGCGAGAGCGGAGCAUGGCACCAGCGGAGGUGGUGGCCGAGCGGGCGAGACAGCAGCUGCGCCACGAGGCAGCGGACGAGAGGCCGUUGGGCGGCCACGAGGUUUGCUAA